AUGAAGCUCUCAACCUCCAUCACCGCGGUCGUCGCCCUCGCCACAUCGCUGGCCACCGCGCUGCCCUCCCCUGGAGCAGAGCGCCGCUCGAUAGGUUCCUGCUGGACUGGGCAGAUCCACAGCCCCUGCAACAACCACACCGAAGGUUGCACGCCCGAUGGUAUCAAGGUCGAAUGCCGGGCCGGCGAGCAGAUGGUCUAUGCCAGCAUGUGCGGACUCGACCCGAACGAUAUCCAGGCGAGCGACACGGCUGGAUGCAAGUACUACAGCGACUGGCCUACUGACUGUUUGAUUCGCUGUCCUUCCUGA